CCCGUCGCUCCAUUAAUACCUCCCGCGCUGCGCUGCUGCCGUCGUUGUGAUUGUCGCUAGAGGUGACCCUGAGGUAGCGCCGCGCUAGGACUUGUCGCCGCAUCCCCCAACCAUGUCGGAACCAAUUAGAGUCCUAGUGACUGGAGCUGCAGGCCAGAUUGCUUACUCUCUGCUCUACAGCAUUGCAAAGGGUGAUGUCUUUGGCAAAGAUCAGCCCCUUUUCCUUGUACUACUGGAUAUCACUCCCAUGAUGACUGUAUUGGAUGGCGUAGUGAUGGAACUACAAGAUUGUGCUCUUCCACUUCUGAGAGAGGUCAUUGCAACAGACAAAGAAGAAGUUGCAUUUAAAGAUCUUGAUAUAGCAAUUCUUGUUGGCUCCAUGCCAAGGAGAGAGGGCAUGGAGAGGAAAGAUUUACUCAAAGCAAAUGUGAAAAUUUUUAAGUCCCAAGGUACAGCUUUGGACAAGUAUGCCAAGAAGACUGUCAAAGUUGUAGUGGUUGGAAACCCAGCAAAUACCAACUGCCUGAUUGCUUCAAAGUCUGCUCCAUCGAUACCAAAGGAAAACUUCAGCUGUUUAACUCGUUUGGACCACAACAGAGCUAAAUCCCAGAUUGCUCUGAGACUUGGUGUGUCUGCUAAUGAUGUGAAGAAUGUCAUCAUCUGGGGGAAUCACUCCUCCACUCAAUACCCAGAUGUUAACCAUGCCAAGGUAAACCUGCAAGGAAAAGAAGUUGGAGUUUAUGAAGCUAUAAAGGAUGACAGCUGGCUGAAGGGUGACUUUAUCACAACUGUUCAGCAACGUGGUGGAGCUGUUAUUAAGGCUAGGAAGCUGUCCAGUGCGAUGUCAGCUGCUAAAGCUAUCUGUGAUCAUGUGAGGGACAUCUGGUUUGGCACUCCAGAGGGGGAAUUUGUUUCCAUGGGAGUAAUUUCUGAUGGCAAUUCCUAUGGUGUUCCUGAGGACUUGCUCUAUUCAUUCCCUGUUGUAAUCAAGGACAAAACCUGGAAGUUUGUUGAAGGCCUUCCCAUUAAUGACUUCUCCCGUGAGAAGAUGGAUCUGACUGCAAAGGAGUUGAUUGAGGAAAAGGAAACUGCUGUAGAGUUUCUGUCCAGUGCAUGACUAACUGGUUAUCAGGAUUUAGAAAAUCAUUCAAAUGCAGAAGAGUCUAAAAGUCGUCUCUAAUGCUAAAUGCUAUUACUGUAUUCAAGUAAACUGUUUGUGGCAAUUGUGCAUCUUAACAGUUAUGUGCUUACAAUACACUUGUGCCUGUUGAAUUAUUAGCAACAAGACAAACCUAUAACACGAUUAUUCAAAAUUAGUUCUCUGACCACAGUUACAGUUCAGUACUAAGUGUCUUCUGUAUAAGAUGCAUAAUGACAAUGGUUUGCGUCCUUUAAAAAAACUAGCACAAGUUCAGUUGUUAGUCCAACAUUGGAAUUACUGCAAUAGACAAGUGAUCAUAUAAAGCAGAUUUAGCACUCAAAAAUGAAAAUAAAUAGGACAUUGGUCCUCCUUGAACUAGUACAUGGAUUUCAAAGACGCAAGUAGAAAAUUCCAUCAGAUGUUUUGUUCAUCCUGGAUAUGCUUAUUCUGUCUGUUUAAAACAAAACAACCCACAUUAAAAUAUGCUGAACUAGA